AUGGCCGCUGUCAAUGGAAAAGAUUUAAACGAACAGCCAGUGCCGCCAUCUUCUCUAAUACGUCGCGUCAGUUCGCGUUCGAUUCGAAAUUCGAUUUCGGAAGACAAAGAAAAUGGCGACGUUUGCGCGGGAAAAGGAUCUUUUGUGAGCAAAUACAAGAAGGCACCGGAAGCUUUGAAGAAUUUUCAUAUGAACGACGCUGAGAGCGAACUAGAAGUUCCUGGUACGCCUAUGACCCCAAGGACGUCUACUACACCUGGUCACGAAAACUGCACAUUCCACCAUGAUUUGGAACUCGACCACAGACCACCAACGAGGGAAGCUCUGCUCCCCGAUAUGGCUAACUCCUACCGACUUCUACUUACAGGCUUAGGUGAAGACCCCGAAAGACAGGGUCUGUUGAAGACACCAGAACGCGCUGCCAAAGCAAUGUUGUUCUUUACAAAGGGAUACGAUCAAAGUCUUGAAGAAGUCCUAAAUAACGCUAUCUUUGAUGAAGACACAGACGAGAUGGUCGUUGUCAAGGACAUCGAAAUGUUCUCCAUGUGCGAGCAUCAUCUUGUACCUUUCUACGGAAAGGUCUCAAUUGGGUAUCUUCCCCAAGGAAAGAUCCUUGGACUCAGCAAGUUAGCCAGGAUCGUGGAGAUCUUCUCUCGCCGGCUGCAGGUCCAAGAGCGGCUCACGAAGCAGAUCGCGAUCGCCGUGACGCAGGCCGUGCGGCCCGCCGGCGUCGCUGUCGUCAUCGAGGGAGUGCACAUGUGCAUGGUGAUGCGCGGUGUUCAGAAAAUCAACAGCAAGACGGUGACGUCGACGAUGCUUGGAGUUUUCCGCGACGACCCGAAGACGCGCGAGGAGUUCCUCAACCUGGUACACUCCAAGUGA